GGGACAGGGACAGGGACACCGGGACACCGGGAGGUGGCACCGGGACGGGGACAGGGGCACCGGGACACCGGGAGCUGGCAGGGGCCGGUGGCACUCGCUGGUGGCACCGGGGUGGCCGCGGGGGGACGGCGGCGGCUGCAGGGUCUCCCCACGCUAUGGUCACCGCGGAGCCGCUGCCCGAGGUCCGGUGGCCGUAGGGAGGGUCCGGCCGUGCCCAUGGACCCCCCCAGGGCCCCCCCUGCCCCCCCCGGGGCGCUGCCGGCGCUGGACGCCAUCGCCUUCUUGGGGGGAGGGGCCGAGACCCCCGCACGGACACUGCUGACCCCUGCAGUGACCCCUGCAGUGACCCCUGAGCUGACCCCUGAGCUGACCCCUGCAGUGACCAUUGCAGUGACCCCUGCAGUGACCCCCGCGCUGACCCCUGCCCCAGCCCCGGCCGCGGUCCCGGACGUGUUCUGGGCCAGCCUGCUCCGUGCCCAGCUGUGUGUCCAGGAGCUCCAGGGGGCCAUCGAGGGACAGACGGACACUGGGCACCACCGUGGGCACCACCAUGGGCACCACCAUGGGCACCACCGUGGGCACCACCACCAGCAUGGGGCUGGGAGCGUCUCCCAGGAGCUCCAAGGCCCUGGAUCCACGUCUGAGGAGCUCUUCCAGGUGUGCAUGGAUGAGUCCAUGGAUGAGUCCAUCCCUCCCAAACCCAUGGCCGAGGAUGAGAACAUCUCGCCCAAAUCCGUGGCCGCACUGGAGAACAUCUUCCAGGUGUCCACAGACGGUUCCAUCCCACCCAAAUCCAUGACCGUGGGUGGGAGCGUCUCCCAGGAGCUCCAAGGCCCUGGAUCCACGUCUGAGGAGCUCUUCCAGGUGUGCAUGGAUGAGUCCAUCCCACCCAAACCCAUGGCUGAGGAUGAGAAUGUUCUCCGGGUGUCUGUAGAUGGUUCCACCCCACCCAAAUCCAUGUCCACGUUAGAGAGCAUCUUCCAGGUGUCCACAGAUGGUUCCAAAUCCAUGACCGUGGGUGGGAGCAUCUCCCAGGAGCUCCAAGGCCCUGGAUCCACGUCUGAGGAGAUCUUCCAGGCGUCCACAGAUGGUUCCAUCCCAUCCAAGUCCAUGCCCAUGGAUGAGAACGUCUUCCAGGUGUCUGCAGAGGGAUCCAUCCCACCCAAAUCCACGGCCGUGGAUGGGAACAUCCCACCCAAAUCCAUGAACAUGGAUGGGAGCAUUUUCCAGGAGCUCCAAGGCCAUGGAUCCAUGCUUGAGGAGCUCUUCCGGGUGUCCAUGGGUGUGGACAUCCCACCCAAACCCAUGGAUGAGGACAUCCCACCCAAACCCAUGGCCCAGGAUGAGAGUGUUCUCCAGGUGUCCACAGACGGUUCCAUCCCACCCAAAUCCAUGACCGUGGAUGGGAGCAUCUCCCAGGAGCUCCGAGGCCAUGGAUCCACGUUUGAGGACAUCCUCAGCAUGUCCAUGGGUGUGGACUUCCCACCCAAAUCCAUGCCCAUGGACGAGGACACCAUUUCCAAGGUGCCUACAGACGGUUCCAUCCCACCCAAAUCCAUGACCGCGGGUGGGAGCAUCUCCCAGGAGCUCCGAGGCCAUGGAUCCACGUUUGAGGAGAUCUUCCAGGCGUCCAUGGAUGAGUCCAUCCCACCCCAGGCCGUUCCCGUGGACCAAAGCUCCGAGUUCCUCUUCGGGAGCAUCGUGUCCGUGGCUGGGGACGCCUCCCGUGGCCGGGUGACAACGGACGGGGCCAGCCCAGCCAGUCUGGUGGCCACGGAUGGGACCGACCCGUCCGAGUGCUGGGACAGGAACGUCUCACCCAACGUCACCAGCGCGGGUGGGGACAUCGCAGCCCAGACCGUGACCAGGGAUGGAGACGCCUCACCCAAAUUCCUCACCACACACGGGACCUUCUCUGCAGAGCACCUGGCCAUGGGUUUGGCCAUCUUGUCCCAGAACACGGCCUUGGACGUGGCCAGCUUGUCCAAGACUGUGACCACGGGUGGUCCCAUCUCCCCCAGACCCAUGGCCACGGGAGGUCCCAUCUCCCCCAGACCCAUGGCCACGGGUGGUCCCAUCUCCCCCAGACCCAUGGCCAUGGAUGGUCCCAUCUCCCCCAGACCCAUGGCCACGGGAGGUCCCAUCUCCCCCAAGCCCCAAGCCCCCAAACUCAGCCAGGAGGAAGAGGAAGGUGACGGCGAUGAUGACGACCACCACGCCAAUGAUGAUCAUGAUGACCACCAUGACCAUGAUGACCACCAUGAUGACCUCAGUGACCACAAUGACCUAGUUGACCACCAUGACCUCGAUGACCACCAUGAUGACAACAAUGACUUCAAGGACCUCGAUGACCGCCAUGACUUCAAUGACCACCAUGACCAUGAUGACCACCAUGACCUCAAUGACCACGAUGACCUUGAUGACCAUGCAGGACCACCCAGAACCCUGGAAAUUGGGGACACUCUGGAUCCUGAUGACCACAAUGACCUUGAUGACCACCAUGACCACAAUGACCACGAUGACCUUGAUGACCAUGAUGACCUCAACAACCACAAUGACCACGAUGACCACAAUGACCAUGAUGACCACAAUGACCUUGAUGACCACCAUGACCACAAUGACUACAAUGGCUGUGAUGACCACCAUGACCUCAAUGACCACGAUGACCACGAUGACCACAAUGACCUUGAUGACCACCAUGACCACCAUGACCACGGUGGCUCCUCCCAUGAGGAUGAAGACAAGGAGGACCUGGAUGAGGAGGACCUUGAGGAGGAGCUGGAUGAGGAUGAGGAGCCCCAUUUCCACACCAACCCCCUGUUCCAGCGCCCGCUGCCCCCGGGGGUGCCCCCCUGGCGCCCCCACGGUGCCACCCUCGGGUGUCACCCCCUGGAGCGGGGUGAGUGUGGUGACCCCAAAUUUUGGGGGGGAUGGGGUUAA